UCCGAUUCUGCUUUAUCGUCGUAUACUCAUGUUUUGUUUUUGCCAAGCUUGUUUUAGUGUGAAAUAUGGACAGCGUACGCUAUUUGUCUUACCAUCAAUGGAAAGAAAGUAAGGACGACGUAAGUGUCACUUAUCAUCAAAGACUACUAGCCAACGUCGAAGCUCUUGAGGCGAACGUCGGGGCGAUAGACAAGCUGAUAACUGGUUAUUUAGACGCUACAAAAGGUUUCUGUGGGGCUGGUUCCCAACUAGCGGAAGCCUUUUCAACGGUUUUGAAAGAAACGCCGCUUUUAGAGAUUUCUCAACAGCUGAAACAAGUCGUGGAGGAAAUCGAUCAUGUCGCUCAUAAGUCGAGUGUUCAUAUCACGAGUAGUCACAUUUUGGGAACGCUUUGCGAGUUCACAGCCACUUUGCCUGGUCUUAGACGAGCCAUUGAAGCGCAUAAGAGAAGCGUACAAAAUUACGAAUCGUGUCAAGAAAACUUGGAUUGGUUAGAGCGAGACGAUAGCUUUGUAAACAGUGAUGGAAAGCGACUCAAAACAACCAGACAAAGAUUCCGUGCUGCAACUGAAGAACUUACGAAUGAAGAAGAAAAGUUGUACAGAAGCUUUUCAGAAGUGGAGGAAAAUCGAGUUAAGAUGUUGGGAUCAUGUUUCCUUUCACUCUUACAAGUGCAGUCCCAGUUCUUGUCAUCAUCAGCUGACUUGACAACAUCAUUGGGUGGGUUCCAUGAGAUUGGUGACUAUCUGCGGGACAGAGAAGUCACCCUGGCUCUCAAAGAUGCCACUGCAACAUGGCUGUCACUUGCUCAAUCAAACCAAGCUUUGCGUCAAGGAGAGAUGUUGAGUAGGGAACAGUUGCAAUUCUUAACAUUGGGUGCUCAAGGAGAACUGGCUGAUCCAGAGAGAAAAGAACUGAUUUUGAAAGUCAACAAUUUGCUCAAGAAUUACAAAAAGGUGUUUAAUCAAGCUCCAACACCAGAAGCAGACAUACCUGCUGGCUUCCACAGGAAUCCCAGGGGAAUAGAGCUGGCUCUAAAGGGUUGCUGUAGUGAAGUGGAAGCAAUGGCUGCUGGUGGUGUCACAGAAGCUGUUACUGCUCAAGAAAUGGAACUGCAGAUUUUGAAGCAGAUUCCAAAAUUACAACUAAAAAUUGGUUAUGUGUUGACUGAAGUUUGCUCCUCUCCAAGUAAAGCCAAUGACAAUUACAAAUCUAAGCUGCACUGUAUCAGAGACCUGGUUAGUUCUGUUGCAAAGCAGAAUGACAUCCCUCUCAAUCGUGAUACCUUGGAUAUGUUUGUGCUGAUGGUGCUGUAUGAGGCCUGUUCUCCAGCAUGCAGUUCUGCAGCCAAAACAGCUGUACAGCUUCUGUUUGGCAAAGCCCAUUUGGUAACAACUAAACCAAGCAAAGAGAAAAACACUCGGCUGGCCCAAGUGUAUGUAAAAGGAACAUCCAUUCAUGUAGAGGUGUCCACCACAUGGAUAAUCACAGAAGACUCCUCCACCUUUGCUUGCUUGUCUAAGGACUUGGACUUUCCUUCUCCUCUGGGAACAGUUGAUGCUGUUUACACAUCCAAGUUUAGUUUAAUGGAUUAUUUAGAGGACAAAGAAAGGCCUUUACCUGCCAUUCAUGUUAAGCGUCGUAACCUUUCCAAGUCUCCACCCUUGUUGACCAAACUUGAUAUAUCACCAAAUCAUAAGCACAAGAGCUUCAGAAAGACUUUUACUAAAGCCACAUCCAAGAUAUUUUCUCGGAAGUCUGUGACAUCCAAAGCAGUCAAUAAUCUGAAUGCUGUGGUAGAUGCAAGCAAUCAAAAUGUUCUAUCUGGUGCUGGGGCUAAACAGGAGUUGUCAGGUUACCGCACAUCUGUUGCAUCCAGCACUGACACAGGAGAGGAACAUGACACUGACAUUGAUGACCCAGCUCCUCUUCCCCCACCACGCCCACGUCACUGGGCAAGAAGGGCCAAAGAACAAUCAAUGGCUCCUGAGAGUAUUAGUUCCACCUCAGGAAAGAUUGUUGAAGAGCUGAGCAAGGCUGAUGAUCCUUUGUCACCAAGUGAUUGGUCAAAGUCUGUUCCACAAUUUCCACUGCCGACUUUUAAAAGCACAAUGCCGUACUGUCAGAGUGAAUUGUCGCUUGCUUCUCAAGAAGAACUCACAGAUGUGAUAAACUUCCUUUCUGGUGCGCCAAUUAAACAUCGGCUAAUAUCAGAUGAUGAUGCAAAUCCAAGCAUGGCAGAAAGUCACAUGACUCCCAUAGACAGUGGCCUGGGAAGCAUUUACAGUGUAGCUUUAAGCAACAUUACUGUUCCUAGCUCUGCAACUGCAUGUCCAAAUGAAGAAACUGAAAAAAAGGAAACAUGCAACAAGAGUCAGUCAGAAACCAAGGAAAGGGUUAACACCCCAGUGCUUAAUUUGUGUGAGGGGGUUAACUCUUCCCAAGGAACGAUGGUCACCACAGAAACGCAGACCUCACCAUCAACUGAAACAUGUCCAGUUUUGUUUGUCAAAUCAGCAAAUGCAGACAAUGAAAGCCAACCUGAGCAAAACCAGCCGGCAAAGGAAGAUAAAGAAGGUGGUGUCAAAAAUCCAGUCCUAGAGUUACCACCAGAUAAUACGAAGUCAGAAAGUGAAAAUAAAACUGUUGAUGGUGCUGAAAAGAAGACCAACACUCCCCAGCCAGUGUUGCUAUCACAAACAAAGCAAGAUGGUAGUGAUUUGAGUGUUAAGAGUACCGACAGUGCCCCCUUAGCUGAUGCACCUACAUUGAGUAUCACAAUUAACCAGCAGGUAAAGCAAAGUAAGACUCCCAGCCCAGUUUUGGUGACAGUGAGCUCUGAUGAGUGUCCUGAUGAGAAAACAGUGACCAUCAGUGAGAGCCUUAGGAGUGUUUGGGAGAAUGCUAGCCCUCCAUCAGAUUCCUCUGACAUCAUUUCAGAGGGCUCACUGCUACAUAAGAAAGACAUACAUGGAUCACAGGACACUCUCUACCACAGCUGCUGGUCUCUGUCUGAUUUCCCAGGAAAUGAGAAAAAUGAUGAGGCUAAUGAAGAUGCCAAGAGUCUGAAUGAGAGUUUGCUGCCCAGCAAUUCAGGCCCAGGACUAAUGGACCUUGGUUUGAAGUGGUCCAGUUAUGGAAAUAGUAUCCAUGGCAACCCAGUAUGGGCCAACAUUCCCAGUGCUUCUGCAAGCAAUUGGAACCAGUCUCAGGAAUCCCUUACCGCUGAUGGAUCAGGAAGAGGAAAGACUGUGUUCUCUCUUGGACUGGGGAUUACUGGACCGGAUCUGCUAGCUGCUGCCCGGGGAGGAAGUUGUGAGGCAAUGCCUACGGAUAGUGUCUCCUUUAUACCUAAUGUCGGAAAGCCUUGGAGUGUGGAAGAUUUGGCACAGAAGGUAAACAAUCCUUGGUCCUCUCGAGAUUCUUCCCCUCCUCCGCUGUGGGCCAAGACGACAUCGUUAACGGAAGACACUCUGAGGCCUUCUCACCAUCGGCCUCCCCUUCCUCCGCAGCACUACAGCGACCCUUUCCUCCCAAGGGAGAACUGGUGGCCUCAGGGGAGGGGUGCUGUACCUUCAGGAUAUCCCCACCCCUCUUAUGCACGUUACCAUACAAACCUUCAGCGUCAACGUGCUUUUGACAAUAUGCCAUACGGAAAGCUAGGUACUUUGCAGCGAGGCCGCGGCACAGCGGGUGCACAGUCGGCGUUCCAACCGGUUCUAACAGGUUUUCGUAAGCAAGGUCAGCAGUUACCGCAAGCUCAUCUUCAGGUACCAUCUCACUACGGAGCAGGGCAUGGAACCCAAUACAAGUCAAAUCCCCGCUUUUAAUUCCGGUGAAAAUUGAGUAGAGUGACUAUUUUACGUUGUAAACUUUUUAUCUUGUUUUAGUAACUGAUGAAUGAUUUUUAGUUUUAUUCUUUAAUCUGUUCGGGGAGACCUACUCGAAUGACUGAUGCGUUAGAAAUACAACAACUUUGAAUCUGUACGCUAUGAGCCGGAAAAAAAUUUUUGCUUUGUCUCAUGGAAGGGAAAUAUCAACGUAUUGUCAAAAAGAGAGGGGAUUAAAAUGAAAAGAUAUAUUAACACCAAAUUGUUAGAACCAACUUUAUAAAAUAUGUUUGUUAUUUAGGAAAGAGAUAAAUUUUAAGAUAUUGGUGAUUAGAAGCGUUUAACAAAGGAUUACAUGUUGUAAGGAAUCAUUAAUUAGUUAUGGGACUUGACAUAUCUUUUGUAUUGGCUUGAAAUGCCAUAAUCUCGGAUAUCAUGAUUUGAUUGUUUAAGAGUUCAUACUGAUGUGUAAUAUUUGAAUGUUAUUUUUGGACAAAUGAUCUAUUAUUGUAUAAACAACUGGGAUUCAACUGAAAAGCAAGAUGUAAAUGUGAAGUAAAAAAAGCUUAUUACGGAUAGCAUCAGAUGUCAUUCAAAGUCAGGCUCGCAUGAAGCCUGUAAGAUGUUCAUCGAUUGCAUCUUUGUUUGUGAGAAGCCGCUGCCUUUUAAAGAGCUAUUUGGAACGCGGGCGCGCCACGUGGCUCAUAUUUGAUUUAGAUGUAACCUGUGAAGUAGGAAGUUAGGCAAGGCUCUUGUGCAUUGUGCGAUUUUCUUGUGAAAUCUGGGAAAAUCGUAUCUUGUCAUUGGCUGGUUUGAACUAUUUUAUUGAUUCAAAGAAGAAACUGUUUCAUAUUACUUAGCUGUAAUUGCGCCGAAAGCAAUCACUCUUUGUUCCUUUUGACAAAUUUAAUUUUUUUUAUUCCAUAUCCAUACAUGCACUAUGUGAUGGUAAUUUGUCAAAUCGUUUUUGCAAUAAAGCCUUUUCUUUCUUUCUUUUUUUAUCUUUGAUGCGACCGAGGCAUUGGUUAAAGGCUCAGUAAUGUCGCUUAGAUUUGAUGGUAGUCAUCGCAUUCGUGCUUGAUACAAGAGUAUAGGAUACUACUGCUGAGUGUCGUCAGAAGUUUUAAUUUUGUUACGGCCUAUGUCACAGACAACUCAUUUAUGAGUUUCCUGUAUUUAGUGCUUUGUUAUACCACAUGACUUUAUCCUAAUUUUUAUUGUAGAUUUAAUAGUUUUGACUUUCACUGAGCUUAUUUAAUCAGACACAAGUUUUAAUAUUUUAAUAUCUUAUUUUAAUGUCAAUGUUACUUUUGCUCCAGUAAUUGGGUAAAUUGCCUUUACUUUUGUAGAUCUCAGAAAUAAGAAGGUCGCGCUACUUUUGGUGACAUUUCAGUCGAUGGAUAGCGUGUAUUCAAAAUAACUAGCGUAGGAUUAUUAUUUAAAAAAAUCAAAUAUUACUUUGAAAGAUGUCGAGCAUUUGAUUUUCUUUGGCUGAACGACUAGAAGGACGUGCCAGUUUUAGUGACCUGGCCCUAAGAGGCGGCCCAUAGAAACCUGAUGGUAUGCGUUAUCCUUCAGAGUUAUAUCAUGAAAAA